AUGAAUUGUCUCUCGAUUAAUAUUCGAGGGAUAGGGGGUUGUGGUAAACCGGGUUGGAUUAGGAAAAUUAAAAACGACUUUGGUGUUUCCUUUAUUGGCUUGCAAGAGUCUAUGGCUUGUAAUGUACAUUCGGCUGUGGUCUCUAAUUAUUGGGGAGGCUCAGGUUUUGAGUUCGAGGUAGUGAACGCGAAUGGUAAUUCAGGAGGUUUAGUGAGUAUAUGGGAUCCUAAAUUGUUCGUUAAAGAUAAGGUUUCUAAGGACUGUAAUUUUCUUCAUGUUGCGGGUACGUUUUUGGGAGGAGCGGUUCGUGUUAAUGUAUUGAAUGUUUAUGCUCCCCAACAGAAUAUUGAGAAAAGGCAAUUAUGGUCUAGAAUUGAUAAUCUUAUCCGAUCGAAUCAAGGCUGGUGGAUUAUUUUUGGUGAUUUUAACGCGGUGCGUGAUCGGGUUGAGAGAAAAAAUUCAAAUUUUGAUCCAGUUUGCACCCGGGAUUUCAACGAUUUUAUAGACAAUUCGGGUCUGCAUGAAUAUAACCAGAAAGGGAUGAGGUAUACUUAUAUGUCUCAUAGAAGAGGGGUUUGUACAUGGAGUAGAAUCGAUAGAUUUUUGGUUUGCGAAAACGUCUUUAAUAAGUGGCCUAAUGCGUGUGUCCGGGCUUUGGAUAGGAACUUUUCGGAUCAUUCUCCUAUCCUUUUCACUGUUGAAGACUUAAACUUCGGCCCUAAGCCUUUCAGGUUAUUUGAUUCGUGGCUUGAUCGACCCGGUUGUAUAGAAGUGGUUAAUUCGGUUUGUGAAAAUUGGUUUAACCAUGGCCCAGCCGAUUUGAACCUGUUGAGAAAACUUGGAUGUUUGCGUGGUAGAUUGAAAGAUUGGUACCAUGCCUAUAGCAUUUCGGAACAUUCUGAGGAGGCUCGGCUCAGAUUAGAGAAAGAAGAGAUUGAGAGGCAGAUGGAGAAUCAAGAUUUGGAUGAAACUGAUUUGUGGAUAUGGUCAGAAUGUAAGGUCGCGCUGGAAAAUAUAGAGGGCCAUAAGGCGCGUGAUCUUAGACAAAAGUCGCGUGUCAAAUGGGCCUCCUUGGGAGACGAAAAUUCUAGUUUUUUCCAUUGCGUGGUCAACGGUAGAAAGGCGCGUAACUCUAUCCCGGGUUUAAUGAUUAACGGCGAGUGGGUUACAAAACCAACGCUUGUAAAGAAAGAGGUUUUCCGCUUUUUUAGAAGCCAUUUUAAAGAGACGAUUUCAGUUCGGCCGGCCUUGUGUUGUUCGGGUAUAAAGACUAUCGAUGAGCAGGGGCGUAUUUUCUUGGUUGAUUCUUUUUCAAAACAAGAGAUUAAAGAUGCGGUUUUUGAGUGUGGUUCUAAUAAGGCGCCAGGACCCGACGGUUUCAACUUUCGGUUUCUCAAGCGCUUUUGGUGCUUGUUCGAGGAGGAUUUUCACAAGAUUAUGACAGAAUUUCACGGUUCAGGUAUUAUUAAUUCUGGUUGCGGGUCCUCCUUUAUUACCUUGAUUCCAAAGGUUAAAUCUCCUAUGGGGCUUAAAGACUAUAGGCCUAUUACUCUUAUUGCCUACGAUAAUGUCAACUGGAAUUUUUUGCUCUCUGUUAUGUCUCAAAUGGGUUUUCCCAAGAGAUGGUGCGACUGGAUUAAAGGUAUUUGUCUCUCCUCAAGAGCCGCGGUACUGGUUAAUGGUUCUCCUACUUUUGACUUCCGGUGCGAGAAGGGUCUUCGGCAAGGCGAUCCACUGUCGCCUUUUUUAUUCUUGAUAGUUAUGGAAGCUCUUUCUUGGAUCCUUAACAAAGCCAAGGAUAUUGGCGUUUUUAAAGGUAUUAAUUUUUCUGAAGACGGAACGGAUUUGACGCAUCUUUUGUAUGCGGACGAUGCUCUCAUUUUGGGGGAAUGGACGUGCGAGAAUAUUAAGAGCAUUGCCCGGGUCCUUCGCAUUUUCUAUUUAUGCUCGGGUCUCCGGAUAAAUCUCCAUAAAUCAAAUAUUUAUGGUGUUUGUACGGAUGACUUGGAGGUGGACAAUAUGAUGGAAGUCUUAGGUUGUAAGCGUGGAGAUUUUCCCUUCACUUACCUUGGAAUCAAAGUCGGGGCUAAGAUGACGCGUAUUAUUAAUUGGGAGCCGGUUGUUGAUGUCAUCAAAGGACGUUUAGCUUCCUGGAAAGCUAAACAUUUAUCGAUAGGGGGUCGUUUAACUCUUAUUAAAUCGGUUCUUGAAAGCCUUCCCGUGUAUUAUUUUUCCUUGUAUAAGGCCCCUAAAGCCGUGAUUGACUCUAUUGAGAUGUGUAUGAGGCGAUUCCUUUGGGCCGAUUCUUAUGUUGAGAAGAAAAUAUCUUGGGUUGCUUGGGAGAUUGUCACGUUACCAAAAAAUCAAGGAGGUUUGGGUAUUUCUAAGUUACAAGAGGUGAACGAUGCUUUAUUGUUAAAAUGGACUUGGAGAUUCAAAACCGAAGAUAGUUGCUUGUGGAAGAAGGUUAUUAUGGGGUGCCAUGGUUCGAGUAGACCUUGGGCUAUGUUACCUUGUAAUGCGUCGUCGAGUGGUUGUUGGAAAUAUAUAGUUAAAGUGGGCGAUAUCAAAGUUGCUAAUGGUAUGCCCCUUCACUCUUUUUUUGUUGGAAACCUUGGAGAUGGUCGAUCGAUUUAUUUUUGGGGAGAUGUUUGGUUGCGGGAUGCUCCGCUUCGUAUUAUUUACCCUAACCUUUUUAGACUUGAAAAGGAUAAAUGGAUUAAGGUUGCGGAUCGGAUGCAUUGUGUGGACGGCUUCAAGACUAUGACUUGGGACUGGAAAUCAACGCCUUCCUCUCAUGAGGAGGUUUCGGAAUUGUUUCAACUUCUUAAUGAUGUUCAUAAUCUAGAGUGGCAGGGUGGAGUUGACAAUUGGAAAUGGAAGGAUACGAAGGAUGGGCUGUUCAAGGUUUCUUCGGCUAAAAGAUUGAUGUCAAAUGACACUACGGGUACUUGCAGGUCGAUGGUUAAAUGGAAGGAUUGGACGCCACUCAAGUGCAAAAUUUUGGUUUGGAGAGUUUUGUUUAAUCGGAUUCCUACCGUUGUAGAGCUUAUCAAACGUGGAGUCAGUAUUCUCGAUACCGCUUGUUCGUUGUGUCAUAGUGAUUUGGAGACGACCUUACACCUUUUCACAGGGUGUAUUUUCUCCCACGAGGUGUGGUUUCGAAUCGAACUGUGGUGUCGCUUGAAUCAUACCUUUAUUUUUGAUGUUACGGAUCUUAUUCGUGUGCCGGAAUCGACGUCUAUGUCCAAAGAUAAUAAGCACAUCUUAAGGGGUAUAGUCUACACUUUUAUGUGGGUUUUGUGGAUUGAGCGCAAUGACCGGAUUUUCAACGACAAGAAGCGGAGUCCUAUUCAGAUUGUGGAGAAUAUUAAAUCUACGGCUUAUUUUUUGUUACGAAAUAGGACUAGAUGGAAAGAUAUAGAUUGGAAAACUUGGUGUAUUUGCCCUUUGGGUUGA